AUGACCCUACGCAGAAAAUUCGAAUUGGUACUAAUCAAGACCGCUUCUUGGCUGUUUCAUCCAAGCGAUUCAGAAACAACGCCUAGUAGUGUCUUUCUGGAGGCGAAACAGGUUUUGGGGGAAGAUGGAGGUCCGGUCGGUGAAAAUAUUGAUUUGGAUUUACACGUUGAUCGAGAAAAUUGGCUUGAUCCGAAUGAUCCUUUUGCGUCAUCAUCAUUUUGCACCAGAAACACUCUCGAUCAGUUGGCAGUUUGUCAAGCGAAUCUAAAGAAAUGUUUGAAAGUUGGAGAUCAUACCGAAAGUCAUUAUGUUCAUGAUUCGACGUUGAAACAUAUUGUACGGAAUUUCUUACAUCGUAUGGAUGUUGACAUUGAUAAGACAAAGCGCGUUGAUCGGACUGUAGAAGUAUAUUUAGAUGCUGAUAGUUUGGUUGUUCUGAGGAAAUAUUUGAACUCAAAAGAUGAAACAAUCACUGUGCGCGAACAAGUCCGAGAAAUUCUGGAAAUAAUGAUUGUUCCGCAGCAUUAUGAAGAUGUAUCGUCUGCAAAUAUUGCAGCUAGGAUGUCACGUGCUAGAAAGUCACUUACUGAAAAGUGUAAAGCAGAUAAUUUCUUUACCAGUGCUAUGAAUGUUGUGUCGGGAUUAUUUCUGUUCAAAGGAGAAAACGAGUGUGAACAGCAUUACAAGGAUCUGUAUGUUGAACCUAUAUAUGAAAUUGCACCCUUGGAUGUGAUCUGCGAGGUCUUAUCAAAUUUCGUAUUCACUUCUCUUGGUGUAUUUGGACGUCAUUUCAACACUUUUUUCAAUGAAUUUUUCCGCGAUUCUCCCCUGCACUUCAUUAUCGUAAAAACAAUAACUUUCUUUUUCCUCAUAGUUGUACUUCUUUUUUGGCUUGGUGGUUAUCGGAUGCAUACGUUCAUGGCUACAAUAGAACCAGCUGGUACUACUAACACAAUGUCGAGGAUGCUGCAGUCAGUCGAUCAUCUAUCUAAUGACGGAAGACCGAAAAUAGAGAAUUCAAAAUCAAGGACUGGGUCACCAUUGCGAGUUGGCUUAAAAUCGAUUCGUAAUACAGUUUCAAGGAGCAGGCGUCGUUCAUUGAGUACGUCUCGGUUAAGCAUGUUUGAGAUCUCAGCAUCGGAUCAUUAG